AUGGCGGGUCUGCCUAGGUUUCCGAAUCCGAAUCAGAUCCAGGAGCCUUUAUCUAAGUCCAUCGAAAGGGAACUGCGCUGGCAAUUUCCACGACUGCAGAUAAAAGAGACCGAAUCUGUUGGCCAGAAAGGUCAUAAGAAGGAGGCCACUGCAGAACUCAAACUAAUGGAAAGAGCUCAGAAUCUCGAGAAGACAACAUCUUUGGCAAAUGGACAAAACCAUGAUACGUUGUAUGAGAAGAUAUUCGUGUCCUCUACUAAAAUAACUGCUCCUGCUCCUGACGAUGUGUCUCACAAAAUGCAUGGGGCGCAAGCCCCAGAGGCGAUUUAUGAGCUCGAAGGUGGCGUCCCAGAACCCUCAAGCAAGCCUAUGAUAUCCGAUUGCCAGCUUGCCUCACAGAUGCUUGCCAACCUGCCUGACAAGGUUGUCCUCUCCUUGUUGCAUCAAGUGUGCUCACUCGAUGACCUUUUUCGUUUUGCUAUCAUUACCAAGCAGUUCUAUCAUGUUUUCAAACAGCAUGAAUUAGAACUAAUCAAAAGCGCUGUAUUUACAAUGUCCCCUCCGGCGUGGGAGCUACGCGAAAUGAGUCCCCCUUGGAGUACGGAAUGGCAGAUUCUGGUAGAUCCUGACACACCAGUUCCCGAAUAUACUCCUGCCCUUUACCUUCAGCGCUAUGCUCAAGAUAUCUAUACCCUUACUCAACUUAAAUUGCUCAUUUUAACUCGAUGCGAGACUUUUCUGCGCCCAGAGACGAUCCGCGGCCUUUCAGGCAGAGACGAUGCUCGCGCCGGGGAUAUUGAUGAGGCCUUUUGGAGAAUCUGGACAUUUUGUCGUAUCUUCGGAUGUGGGAAGAGCAGAGAGGGUGAUAUUGUUGGCCAAGUGGACUGGUUGAAUGGGGGUGUCAUGGCUGUUAGCGACGACAAACAUGGGUCUGCGGCAUCGGUCACUGAGCCAUUUGGCAUGUAUAAUGUUUUGUUCGAGCCUCCGUCAGGGUUUGGGCGUGGUAACGGAGGCGGCUUAUCAAAUGAUCAACUGUAUAAUAUGACAGAGAUAUGGACCUGCUUGGGCGUGCUGCUUCAACCAAUUCACGGGAGGUGCAAAGAAGCUCGUGAAGCUGGAAUAUUUGCCGGUCACCAAGUAGCGGAACACGACAAUGCUAGGGCAGAAACUGUGUUAGAGGAAUGGACUUACUAUAUUCUCACACUUGGUCCUUCGGCGGUAUUGAAUAUGGCCUCUAUUGGUCCUGGUGGUUGUGCGGCGGCCUUCAGAAGAGCCCAAUUGAUCGGCCUGACCAAGUGGGAACGUUCCGAGUCUGGCACUAGCCGCUCGUCUUUCCUCAAGGAAGCGGUUUCAAAGGCCUAUAAGCCACGGUGUGAUAGUCCACAACAAGGAUCCUCGCAAAUUCCGCAGGGCAUUUCCCGAUCUUUUGGCCACACCACUUCCCCAUCGGCUAUUAGUUCUAAUGCGGUCCGGCUUCAACUCGAGAAUGAUCGUCGGAGACAAGCUGUCUACGCCGAGCAGCUGCGAAACCAACGGAAGCAGCCACAGAAAGCGGGCUGUCACUCGUUCGCAGACGAACGCCCGAUCUCAAAAUAUUCUUUCAUCAUGAGUCGACUCGAAAGUAUUCCUUACGAGCAACGUCCCCCACUGCCUUCACCAGCCACGAUGGAAUCCUAUGUUGCUCGUGCUCCAAACGCCCAAUGUCCACCCAAGCCACUUCCCAUCUAUCAACCGCAGGUCCGUGACCCUGUUGACCAGGCUAUGGACAUGAUGGUCCGAGAGCUUGGGUUUAAAGAAGACGACGCCAAAUGGGCGUUGAAAAUCACAGAUACUGGAGAAGGAAUCAACGCCAAUGCCGCAGUCUCUCUACUUCUCAGAGAACAUCAAAACUUCCAACGCAACGACAAUGUUGUCUCUAUGCGCGCAUAUCGCAGUAACAGCCUUUUGUCUUCGGUCAUAAGCAGCCCAGAAUCCAUGAAUUCUGUCUGGAGAUGGGCCUAA